AAAACAUUGCGAAAGUAACAAAUAAAUAAUCUCUUAAUCUAACCACCAUAACAUCAUUAUUUCCAUAAUUUUUAGCUUCUCAAUAGGUUUUAGAGGUAAAUGUUGCGUGUGCUCUUGGCUUGUGUGCUGUUUCUGUAGCAGCAUGUCGAAUUCAUUGGCUGAAUCACAUGGCAAUGACUGGAGCUGGAGUAAUGAGCGGCCACGAGCUCAAAGAUCCGCUGUUUACAUCGCACAGCCUCAGAAUAGAACCGACCAUGAGAUCAAAUUGUGGAUAAUUUAUUUUGCCAACAUCGAUCACCUUGGAUUAAUCGAUCCUUGUCUAUCACAUACGGCUACCAUGGGAAGCCUCUUCCGAAGUGAAGAGAUGUGCCUGGUCCAGCUUUUCCUUCAGGCAGGUUCGGCUUACAACUGCGUCAGUGAGCUUGGAGAGUUGGGCUUAGUCGAAUUCAGAGAUUUGAAUCCAAAUGUGAAUGCCUUUCAGAGGAAGUUUGUUUCAGAAGUGAGAAGAUGCGAGGAGCUAGAGAAAACCUUCAAAUAUCUGGAACAAGAGAUCAGUCGUUCUCUCUAUCCUCCUCUGAAAGGGCCUCUACCCACAGCCACGCCAAUCCCAUCAGCCCCACAGCCAAGAGAGCUGCUCUCCAUUGAGGAGGAGAGCGAGAGACUUGCCAGAGAGCUCAAAGAGGUGUCAAGGAACAGGGAUAGUCUAUGUAACCAGCUGAUCCAGCUCAGCCAGUACAGAGGGGUCCUGAAGCAGAGCAUUUUACUACCAACCUCACAGGUCCCACCUCCAACUCUUGAGACCACAGCUCUAUUGGACAGCAGGCAAGAUAUGCGUUUGAGCUUUGUCGCUGGUGUGGUUCAUCCAUGGAAGGUUCCAUCGUUUGAGAGGCUGCUAUGGCGGGCCUGUCGUGGUUAUAUCAUUGUAGACUUCUGGGAGAUGGAGGAGAGGCUGGAAGUGCCAGACACUGGAGAGAUGAUUCAGUGGACUGUCUUUGUGAUCUCUUUUUGGGGAGAGCAGAUUGGGCAGAAAGUAAAGAAGAUCUGUGAUUGUUUCCACACUCACACCUUUGUGUAUCCAGAGGGCUUGGAGGAGAGAGAAGUAAUACUUCAGGGGCUGGAAAGCAGGAUAGUAGAUAUCAAAACGGUGCUGUCUCAGACAGAGCAGUAUAUGCAGCAGCUGCUGUCUCGCUGCGUGUGUCAGAUGCCACAGUGGAAGAUACGAGUGCAGAAAUGUAAAGCUGUGCAGACGGUCCUUAACCUCUGCAGCCCUUCAGUCACAGACAAGUGUCUCAUCGCAGAAGCCUGGUGCCCUGUGACCAAACUGCUUCUGCUCCAGAGCGCUCUGAUAGAAGGAACGAGAAAAAGCGGUAGCAGUGUAGACUCCUUCUACAACCGUUUACCUGCACCUUCAUCUCCUCCAACACUCUUUAUCACCAACACAUUCACGUCCAGCUUCCAGAACAUUGUGGAUGCUUAUGGUGUUGCCAGUUACAGAGAGGUUAAUCCAGCUGUGUACACCAUCAUCACUUUUCCUUUCCUGUUUGCGGUGAUGUUUGGAGAUGUUGGUCAUGGUUUACUCAUGACAUUGGCUGCCCUGUGGAUGGUUCUGGAGGAAAGAGACCCUAAGAUGAAGAAUAGCACUAAUGAGAUUUGGCGUAUGCUGUUUGGUGGGAGGUAUCUGAUCCUUCUGAUGGGGUUGUUCUCCAUCUAUACUGGGGCUGUUUAUAAUGAGUGCUUCAGUAAAGGACUCAGUCCUCUUUCCUCUGGCUGGCACCUCAAACCCAUGAUGCAGCACUACAACUGGAGUGAUGAAACUCUGAGGAGCAACCAGUACCUCACUUUGGAUCCAAACGUAACUGGAGUGUUCCAGGGACCAUAUCCAUUCGGCAUUGACCCGAUCUGGAGCCUUGCCAGUAACCACCUCACAUUCCUCAACUCCUAUAAGAUGAAGAUGUCCGUCAUCAUCGGGGUCAUCCAUAUGACUUUUGGAGUCUGCUUAUCAUUCUUCAACUACAUGUACACGGGGGAUGUGAGCAGCAUGUUUCUGGUGUUGAUUCCUGAGCUAGUGUUCAUGCUGUGUCUUUUUGGGUACCUUGUCUUCAUGGUGGUGUUUAAAUGGAUUGCGUUUGGACCUCAGGAUUCAGACCGCGCUCCCAGCAUCCUGAUCCACUUCAUUGACAUGUUCGUGUUUGGUGAGAAUCCAGACAACCCUCCACUUUAUCCAGGACAGGUGAUAGUGCAGAGAAUAUUAUUGUGUUUGGCUCUGCUAGCAGUUCCGGUGCUGUUACUUGGAAAACCGCUUUACCUGUACUUCAAGCACAGGAAUAACAGGAGAACGUUACAGGAGGAGCAGCACUCCCUAGUCACAGACACCAGCUCUAUAAACGCUCAACUAGGAGACCUAGAGGGAGGAGGAGGAGGAGGAACAGAGGAACAGGAGUUUGAUUGGACAGAGGUUUUUAUGCACCAGGCCAUCCACACCAUAGAGUACUGCCUGGGCUGCAUCUCCAACACUGCAUCAUACCUUCGUCUUUGGGCCCUCAGCCUUGCGCAUGCGCAGCUGUCUGAGGUUCUCUGGGUGAUGGUGAUGAGAAUUUCACUCUCGUGGCAAGGCUAUGUGGGAUCAGUGGUGCUGUCAAUCAUCUUCUCCAUCUUCGCCAUGCUCACUGUCUCUAUCCUGCUCGUCAUGGAGGGGCUGUCAGCCUUCCUGCACGCCCUGCGUCUGCACUGGGUGGAGUUUCAGAACAAGUUCUACAGUGGAUCUGGAUACAAGUUCAACCCUUUCUCCUUUGCAUCAAUUCAGCAUCUAGAGGAAAUGUAAAUAUCCCCUGUAAAACUGGUUUUAUACUUCAUUUUGAAGCUGAAUGUGUUAUCACAUGGUAGUAAAGAAGGGUGAUUUGACCCUAAAAUGAAAAUUCUGUCAUCUACUCACCUAUGUAUGAUGUUUUGAAGAAUGUACACUGGUCUCUUUCUCAUUCAAUGACAGCAUGUCAGGGGCAGACGUGAUCCAAAAUUUUCAUUCUUGGGUGAACUAUCCCUUUAACAAUAAUAUUUUUUUUUUUUUGAGAACUUUUGUCUCAGGAUUUGUUUUAUAAGCUUGCAGAGGUUUUAAUGAGGAGCACGAUACUAAUAAAGGUUUUUGUAACUAAGAAAUGAGAAUAUUGGCAUUUUUCAAGAUCAUGAUUAUUCACAACCCCUCAUCAAGUUUUACUUUUUUUCUUUGUCUAAAUGCAAAAGAAAACUUCAGAAUAAGGGAGGUAAGACACUCUUACCUGGAAGGCACUGUGCAGCAUUAAUAUUUAAUUUGAAUGAUUUUAAAGAAUAUUUAAAAUCUGUACAUGCUCACUGAAGAAAGAAAGAAUAAAUCCCUAGAGCUAUAAAGUAAUAUAUUAGCCAUAUAUUAACUGAUAUUUUGAGAUAAAAGUUUAUACAUUGCAAUGUAUUGGAUAAAAGGCAUACAUGUAAAUGUACAAUUGUGUACAUCUUAUUUGUGAUCAUUUGUGCAUGUGUACAGAAGAAUCCAAAAGUCUAUGACAACCAGUGAAUAUGCUUUCAUUUUCUUUCCUUAAUACAAAAUCUUGUAUGCUUCAAAUGGAUGCAAGGAAAUCUGACCUUUUGUACAAAGGAGGUCACAUGGUCAAAGUGGCAAAUUUACUUAUUUGAUUAGUGACCUAGAAAUAAUAUUGAAUUGAAUGAGAAUGUAUUUUAUAUCAUAGAUGAACACUUUACAGACUAUAUUUCCAGGAAUAAUAUAGCAGAUUUUCAACAUGGUUUCAGACUUUUGGACCCCACUGUAGAUCAGCCACCCUGUUCUCUGACCAUUAAAAACCUACAUCAGUUGACCAAUACUCCAUAUUCAAA